AUGGCAUCUCAACUUCCCAUCCAAGCCCGCUCCAUCUACCGGUCCAUCCUCCGCGAAUUCCCCCAACGACCCCUCUCAUCUCCAUCACCGCUAAAAACCCGAAUACGCUCCCGGGUCGCCUUGGAACCCUCGCAAAAUGGUAGCAAAAGCCAAAUCGCACAAGCGCAGCUCGACGAGGCGGAGCAGUUUAUUCAGUAUCUAAGAGCGCAGAGGACAUAUGUCACGUUGCUGGAACGGUAUAACCCGGGCGCGGAUAUGAGUGAGGAGGAGCGCGUUAGGUUGACAGCUAGGAAGGUGGGCAUGGAGUUACCCAUUGAGAGGAUGGAGUAG